AGCAUCGAUCGAUGAAUGCUAUGUACAAAUAUUUAAACAAUUCGCAAUGGCUGCUGUGGAGUCUGCUGUCUCCCAUAAUGAACUGGCAACCAGCGAACUCUGCUCUUUUGUACACCACAAACUCUGAGUUUGGGAUAUUUAUGGCCAUAUCGGUGCCCAUUGGUCUGCCGCAUCGCAAUGUCUUCUUGUCGUACAAUUAUGAGUUUAAUUAUUAUCAGCCGGAGCAUGUCUACAAGUAUCCGCCCAUUCUGAUGGGCGACUAUCAAGACUCCUAUCUGACGUAUCCCACUUCAGGGCGUGAGGACAGCGGCAGGCAUUGCCAGAACUGCACUGAGCGCAGGGAUGAGCAGAUGGACACCAGCAGCAGCAGCAGCAGCAGCGGCAGCUCCAACUCCACAGCGGAAUCACGCGGCAAACGUUCCCUGUCGCUGAUGAGUCGCUCCAUUUUCUACUUUAUGCUGAGGGACAAACUGCAAAGAUCUGGCUACCCAGCCGAUGCCUGUCUGCUGCGCAUGAUAUGCGAGACGAAUGCCUCGCAGCUGGGCGAAGUGAAUGGCUUCUUGGGCAGCCUCCUACACAUUAUAUUCACUCCCAGCAGUUCCAAGGAUGAGCAUCUGUCGGAAGAGUUCUACCAGGCCGAGUGGGAUGGUCGCCAUAGUGGGGAAUGCAGCGGCUACAGCGCCAAUUGUGAGGCGAACAUCUUGGACCUCAUCUCAGUGCCCGUGGAGCAGGCGCUGAGCGAUAUUGUAAGUGGGCGUAGAAGAAAAUAAACUAGAGUACAGCGUCUGCAGCGUCUCUUCUCUGUCUCUGUCUCUGGGUGUUGGGGAUUA